AUGGCAGUUGUUGUCUGUGUGAGGAGUUUAGGAGCGUUGACAUGCACUUCUGCUUCUGACCCCUCUGCUCGUCUAUGCCUCAAACCUCAGAACGUCACGGAUAUACUCCUGGCGUGGCUUUGUGGUUGUGGGCGUGAUGAGUGCGACGUAUCGGACGACAAAAAGGAAAGAUUAAAUCAUACUUCUUCCACUCUGUGUGAAGAGUGUGACGAGUUAGAUCCAACUGCGUUGUGUUGUUUCGUGGGCAUCAGAAUCGAUGUGAAAGGAAAGGAGAGGGGCAGGUAA